AUGGCCCCCACACUCCUCCUCCUCGCCUAUGGCCUCCUCGCGUCUGCCCCCCUUGCACUCGCCCUAGGCUCCGCAUGCUCCACGCCCAUCUCUGGCGGCACUGCCGCCGCCGGUGAUCCGUUCUGGAUGCAGAACAUCGACCACCAGGGCACGUCUGCGUUCAACCCUGAUCCAAGCACAUACCAGGUCUUCCGCAAUGUCAAAGACUUUGGUGCCACCGGAAACGGCGUCACAGACGAUACGGACGCCAUCAAUUCCGCCAUCUCCUCCGGGAGUAGGUGCGGAGAUGCAACAUGCUCGUCCUCAACCGUCACACCCGCCGUCGUCUUCUUCCCUCAAGGGACCUAUCUGGUCUCAUCGCCCAUCAUUGCAUAUUAUUAUACACAGCUUAUUGGUGACGCACGAGUCCCUCCGACCAUACGCGCCUCUUCGAGCUUCAGUGGCAUGGCAGUAAUCGACGCGGAUCCCUACAUUCCGAAUGGCUAUGGAGCUGAAUGGUACAACUCAACCAACAACUUCUAUCGCAGUGUCCGCAAUUUUGUCAUCGACGUCACCGAGAUGUCUGCUACUUCGUCAGCAACCGGGCUGCAUUGGCAAGUUUCCCAAGGCACUUCGCUGUAUAACCUCGUCGUAGAGAUGAGCACCGCGUCCAACACUGCACAUCAAGGUAUCUUUAUGGAAAACGGCAGUGGUGGCUUCAUGGGAGAUCUCGUCUUCAACGGAGGCAAAUAUGGUAUCUGGGUUGGAAACCAGCAAUUCACUGUUCGCAAUGUCACUUUCAACAAUGCCAAUACAGCUGUCUACAUGGACUGGAACUGGGGAUGGACAUUCCAGGACAUCACCAUUAAUAACUGUCAAAUUGGCUUCGAUGUGCGAACAGGCGGGCUGUCGGAAUCCGAGCAGAGCGCCGGUGCGGUGGCCAUCAUCGACGCCACUGUAAGCAACACACCGGUUUUCGUGCAAACCACGGAGGCGUCCACGUCCCUCGCUGGUUCCUUGGUGCUCAACAACUGUCAACUUACGGACGUUCCCACUGCUGUCGGCGUCGCUAAUGGCGAUGUUGUCCUAGCUGGAGGGACGACCACGAUAGCAAGCUGGGGCCAAGGCAAUGUCUAUUCGGGCACGAAUAAUGGACACACGUUUGUGCAAGGAAAUAUCGCCGCCCCUACAAAGCCAGGAAGCUUGCUAUCCAACGGCAGGAUUUUCGGAAGGACCCGUCCCCAGUAUGAGAAUUAUGCUGUUUCUCAAUUCGUCAGCGUAAAGAGCGAGGGUGCAAAGGGCGAUGGCCAUACGGAUGACACUGCAGCUCUGCAGUCGACUCUCAACAAGUACUCGGGUUGCAAUAUCAUCUUCUUCGACGCUGGAACCUAUCUCAUAACAAGUACCUUGACAAUCCCGGCUGGUACUCAAAUGAUCGGCGAAGCUUGGACUGUCAUCAUGGGAAGUGGAUCAGCCUUCGCAGAUCAGAGCAACCCAACCGUUAUGGUGGAGGUUGGAGAGUCGGGUUCCUCGGGCAUCCUCGAGAUCUCCGACAUCCUCUUUGUGACGCAGGGACCUACUCCUGGUGCCAUCGUCGUCGAAUGGAAUGUCAACUCCCCAUCGCAAGGCGGCGCUGGGAUGUGGGACACUCAUUUCCGGUUGGGUGGAGCGGAUGGCACUAACUUGCAGACUGCUCAAUGCCCCCAUGGCUCAGACUCAAACUCCUGCUUCGCAGCAUUCUUAGCCUUGCAUUUGACGUCUGGGUCUAACGCAUACCUGGAGGGUACCUGGGUCUGGCUUGCUGACCACGACCUGGACAAUGCGUCGCAAGACCAGCUCACAAUAUUCAGCGGACGUGGUAUUUUAUCCCAGUCCGCAGGACCGGUGUGGAUGAUUGGAACUGCUGAACAUCACACACUAUAUCAAUACAAUCUCGCUGGCGCUCAGAAUCACUACAUGGGCUUGAUUCAAACUGAAACGCCCUACUAUCAGCCAUCUCCUGCACCACCAAGCCCGUUCUCUAUCGAGAGUUCGUACAGCGACCCCAGCUUCCCCUCCGGCCAGACCGCAGCUUGGGCGCUCUAUGUCCAAACAUCUACAGACAUUCUUGUCUUUGGUGCCGGACAUUACAGCUUUUUCCAGAAUUAUGCACAGACCUGUCUGUCAAGUAACUCAUGUCAAGAGCAGAUCGUCUCGGUCGACUCCUCGUCUUCGCUCAGCAUCUACAGUCUCUCCACCAUCGGGUCAACAUACCAACUCAGCGUGAACGGAGCAGGGGUCAUUUCUCAAAGCUCUAAUGUCGACGGACUCCAAUCCACAGUGACCGUCUGGACGCAGUGA